AUGAGUUUUAGCAAGUUCCAAAAUUUGAUUUCAUUUUUCAACUUCAUCACAUUAUUACUAUGUUGUUCUUCAUUCACCACAUCAUCAUCACAACAAUUCAUGAAAGACAAUGAAACUCUAAGCUCAAAUAGUGGAAAUUUCACCUUAGGAUUCUUCACCCCUCAAAACUCCACAGAUCGCUAUGUAGGAAUUUGGUGCAAAACUCAAGACUUUGUUAUAUGGGUUGCUAACAGAAACCAACCAUUGAUCAAUGAUUCUUCUGGAGUUCUUACAAUAUCAAAUGAUGGAAAUCUUGUUGUGUUGAAUGGACAAAAAGAUGUUAUUUGGUCAUCAAGUUUGACGAAUGUUACAUCAAAAACGAAUUCUAGUUUCACACUUUCAGAUUAUGGAAACCUUGUUUUGUCUGAAACAACAACAGGAAGUACAAUAUGGGAGAGUUUCCAACAUCCUUCAAAUGCAUUAUUAGCAAGCAUGGUGUUUACAAGUAACAUGAAACUCACAUCAUGGAAAAACCUUUCUGAUCCAUCCACCGGAAGCUUCUCUCUCAGUAUCGAACGGUUGAAGAUUCCAGAAGUUUUCAUUUGGAAGGGAACUCGUCCCUACUGGCGAAGUGGUCCAUGGAAUAAUCAAAUCUUUAUAGGGAUACAAGACAUGGAAACUCUUUAUCUUAACGGUUUUCAUUUCGAGAAAGACAGGACGACAGGAACCGUUGAUUUGUCUUUCAGAGCAGACGACUUCGGACUCUUGAUCUAUGCCUUGAAUCCGCAAGGUCAAAUGCAUGAAAACUCUUGGAGUAUUGAGGAAGAGAAAUGGAUAGAUACAUGGACUAGUUAUAGAUCAGAUUGUGAUGUCUAUGGAUUUUGCGGUCCAUUUGGAAUUUGCAAUUCAAAAGGUUCACAGAUUUGUAGCUGUUUGGAAGGGUUUGAACCAAGAAACAAUCAAGAGUGGAAUCAAAAAAAUUGGACUAAUGGGUGUGUUAGGAAGAAACUUUUACAGUGUGAAAAUGCCAAAAAUCAAAGCAAGAGUUCACAUGGGAAUGAAGCAGAUAGUUUUUUGAAAUUGAGUAUGGUAAAAGUACCCGAUUUUGCAGAAUUUUCGUCUAAUGAACGAGAUGAAUGCAAAAACAAGUGUUUGAUGAAUUGCUCUUGUACUGCAUAUUCGUACGUGGAUGAUAUCGGUUGUAUGUCUUGGAAUGGAAAUCUAAUUGAUAUACAACAAUUCAAAACCGGAGGAACUGAUCUAUACGUUCGCGUACCCUAUGUCGAGCUUAACAUAUCAGAUAAAGGGCAUAAAGGAACAAUCAUCAUUGCAGUUUCAGUUUCGAUAGGAAUUAUCUUGAUUGUGAUUGUUGCGUAUUUCAUUUGGAUAAAGGAUUCAAAACCAGAGAGAAAAAAGAAGCAUCAUAGGAUUUUUCGUUUCCACAAAAUCGAAAAACCUGAGGAACAGUCAAGUGAAAAUGUAAUUGGUGAAUUGUCACAAGCUAAACUACAAGAGCUAUUGCUAUAUAAAUUUGAAAAGCUUGCAACUGCUACAAACAACUUCCACUCAUCCAAUAAACUUGGACAAGGAGGUUUUGGUCCUGUAUACAAGGGAAUACUACAAGAUGGUAAGGAAAUAGCGGUUAAAAGACUUUCGAUAUCAUCCGGACAAGGGUUAAAAGAAUUCAUGAAUGAAGUAGUAGUGAUUUCUAAGCUUCAACAUCGCAACCUUGUAAGGCUUUUAGGCUGUUGUACUGAAAGAAAUGAAAAGAUGUUGAUGUAUGAGUUCAUGCCAAAUGGAAGUUUGGAUGCAUAUAUCUUCGAUCCUUCAAGAAAUAAACUCUUGGAUUGGGAGAAACGAUUCAGCGUAAUUGAAGGAAUCGCUCGUGGACUACUCUAUCUACAUAGAGAUUCUAGGCUAAAAAUUAUACAUAGAGAUUUGAAGGCGAGUAAUAUCUUACUAGACGUGGAAAUGAAUCCAAAAAUAUCGGACUUUGGUAUGGCCAAAAUCUUUGAAGUGAGUGAAGAUCAUGCCAACACACAAAGGAUUGUCGGAACAUACGGUUAUAUGGCUCCAGAAUAUGCAAUGCAAGGAGUAUUUUCCGAUAAAUCAGACGUCUUCAGCUUUGGAGUUUUGCUGAUAGAGAUUGUUUGUGGAAGACGAAACUCAAGCUUUUACGAACAUGAAAAUUCUUUGACUCUCUUAGGAUUUGCAUGGACUCAAUGGAGGGAAGGAAAUAUUUUAUGUUUAAUAGAACCAGAAAUAUAUGAUGAUAAUCAUCAUAAGGAUAUUUUGAGGUGCAUACAUAUAGGACUUUUGUGUGUACAAGAAUCAGCUGUUGACAGACCUACUAUGGCAACAGUGAUUUCUAUGCUUAACAGUGAAAUUAUGGAACUUCCUCCUGCAAGACAACCUGCAUUCCUACUGAUGCAGAAUAUGAUGCAUACAGUGUUUUCUGAAGAAAGAAAUGAAGUGUAUUCCAAUAAUGUUGUGAGUAUUACAGACCUUCGUGGAAGGUAG